ACCACAGAGAUUGUAAAAACGAGUGUAUAAUCACUGUGACUAUGAUCUUUACAUCCUGUUUGUGUGUGCGUGUGUCUGUCUGUGUGUGUGUGUGUGUGUGUGUGUGUGUGUGUGUCUGUCUGUCUGUGUGUGUGUGUCUGUCUGUGUGUGUGUGUGUGUGCCUUAAGAUUGUGUUUAAACUUCCUGUCACAGUUUUUAUAUCAUUACAGUGUGGGACACAAUGAGACGCGGACAAACAAAAGGUUUACUGCUCUUCUGCACCAUCAACAUCAUCUUCACAGGCUGUGUAGCCGGUGAUGAUGUGAUCAUGUCUGACCCUGUGCGAGCUCGUCUCGGUCAGUCUGCGUCUCUUUCCUGUACAGUUAAAGGUGAAGUCCAGACGGUUCUGUCCGUGUGGUCUCGCUGUAAUGACUCAUCCACCAUCGCAGUAUUUCAUCCUAAAUCUCCAGGUGAACACAGCUCUUCCAUCUCAGAGCCCUACACCGGCCUCGUCUCAAUCACAGAGUACCACACUCUCACCAUUACUCGGGUGCAGGAUGGAGAUUUUGGAGAAUACUGCUGCACACUGACCACAUUCCCCUCAGGGAGCCUGAAAGGACGAGUCCUGCUUCUGAGAGAUGAGGAAGAGAAGGAGAAUGUGAGCAAGCAAGAGGAGGAGAUAGUGGGUGAGCAAGAGGAGGAGAUAGUGGGCAAACCCCAAAGCCCACCUGCAGAUCUGCCUGCGAUGAUCGUGUAUAUCACCUGCGGUGUCGUUGCGUUUGUUAUUUUGACCGGGAUCAUCACCAUGCUGCUCUGUAUGAAGAAGAGAAGAAAAGUGCGGAACCCAGUGCAUGUGACGGUGUCCCGCGCCUCCCUCUCCCCCAAACAGCCAUCACUCCUACAGAAAGACUCACGCACGCCGUCACACACACACAGACGUGAUGACGAGGACGGGGAGGAUGAUUUGUACCUGAACAUGAAAAACUCCAAGACGUAGGAACCUUGGUGCUCUUUGAGCCUGUGGUCGCUGAUGAACAGGUUCAGUGGUGUAAAUAAUUCAGUUGAGCUGUAGUUUGUGUAAAUGGUGUUGUCUUUAUUCUGAAAGAGACACUGGUUUAAUUUACUGGUUAAUUUCUCUCUGAGGAAACAAACACACAGUAAACACAGUGGAGUUAAACAACAACAACAACAAAAUAAAUAUUUCACUUGUAUCCA